GUGGAAGGGUGGUUGGGCCGCGUUGCUGAGGGAGUGAGGUCGGUCUCCGGGUCUGGGAUUUGCUGCAAGAUGCCGAAAGCCAAAGGUAAAACCAGGAGGAAGAAGUUCGACUACAGGAGCAAUCGGAAAAAGCUGAAGCGGAGGAUGGCGAGGAAAGCGGCUCCUCGGAUCGAGUGUACACAGAUAAGAAAUGCAUGGAACAACAGGAAAUCAGUUGCUCAAAAUCUAGCUGAAAUGGGUUUGGCGUGUGAUCCAAACCGCACACUUCCCAUUAAGAAAAAUGAGAAAAUGAAAGUGGCCUCAACAGGUGGAAAGCAGGUUGUUAUUAAGCCAUAUGUCAUUGAUGAGCUAGAGGCAGAGGCAAGCCUCCCAGAAGUAACCAAGUCCACUCUUUCCAAAGAAUUCAUUGACUAUGUACGGCAUAUGAUUGAGAAAUAUAAAGAUAAUUACAAGGCAAUGGCAAGAGAUGAGAUGAACUAUUACCAGGACACGCCCCAUCAGAUCAGGAAAAAAAUUGACUCUUACAAACGCUUUUAUCCUAGUGAAUAUGCUACUUUGGUUGCUGCUUUACAGGAGAAGAUGGAUGUAUCUUGAGACUUUUUUUCAAUUAUGCUGUUGCCCAGUUUUUUUCUGUUGUCCUUGUAUACCAUUCAGUUUCGCAAAAGAAUAUAUUACAGUAAAAGGACCAUUCUUAAAGUAUUGAGACUGUCUUUGAAUAUCCAUUCUAGUGAUCUGACUGCUGGACAUCAUGAAAUUAAACUUUUUUUUUGCUAAAUCGUGUUGCCAUAAAGUAACUAUAUAUGUUUGUUUUUAUAUUUCACACUGUAAGCAAACUGAAUAAAAUGUAUUUUAACAGUGAA